AUGGUCUCUCCGGCCAUCGCUCUGGCCUUCCUGCCCUUUCUGGCCACUUUGCUCAUCCGCUAUCGCCACUACUUCCUGCUCUUCUACCGAGCGGUGCUGCUGCGGAAGCUGCGGGACUACCUGACGGGCGUCUCCCGGGAGGAGAGGGCCUUCCGCUACGUCCUGAGCCAGGCCAUCCCCGGAGACCCCCUGCACAUCCUGGAGACCUUCGACCAGUGGAGCUAUCACUGCGAGUAUCUCAGCAACCUGGGACCUCAGAAAGCAAAGAUCCUGGAGCGCCUGAUCUACCAGCAGGCUCCCCUGACGGUGUUGGAGCUGGGCACCUACUGUGGCUACGCCUCCGUCCUCAUGGCGCAGGCUCUACCGGUGGGCGCCCGGCUGUACACGGUGGAGAUGGAUGCGUGCCGGGCAUCCGUGGCGGAGAAGGUGAUCCGGCUGGCGGGCUUCGACGACGACACGGUGGAACUCAUCGUGGGCCCCUCGGAGGAGGUCAUCCCCCUCCUCAAGGAGACCUUCCUGCUGAUGGAGGUCCACCUGGUGGUCAUGAGCCACUGGAAGAGCUGCUACCUCCGGGAUCUGCAGCUGCUGGAAGAUCAUGGCCUUCUCCAGCCGGGGGCCACCAUCCUGGCGGACCACGUCAUCUUCCCCGGGGCCCCCCAAUUCCUCCAGUACGCCAAGGGCUGCGGGAAGUACAAGUGGAGGGUGCACAGGACCAGCCUCCAGUACUUCCGCGGCAUUCCCGACGGGAUGGCCCAGCUGACCUAUGUGGGGCUGGAGUGA